GUUCAGAUGAGCUGAGGAGCUGCAGUGCGACGGUCGCGCCUCGAAACUUAGCGGGAUUUUGAAGUGUGAAAAACCAACUCUUUUCGCGUUUGUCUGAGCCCAAAAAGCUUUCGGCCAACGAAAUACGUGUAAAGUUGAAGAAGGCUCAUGUAAAUCGGGAAAUAAGGGCUCCGAAACUAAGCUUUAUUUGUUUGCCCCCUUCAUAUAUUUUGCAACGAACCGACUGUUUCCUUUUUUUUGAUAAAGCCCGGCGACAGCCAACGACUGGGGAAACUAUGACACAUCAGGGCACCGGCUGCCUGGUCAAGUGGUUAUAUCUGGUGCUGAUCGUGCACACGCUCCUCUGCCUCGGCCAGAUCGAGUGUCGCCAGAACCAGAAUCGGAAUAACAAUAACAAUAACAAAAGAGCGGACUCGUCCAGCUCAGAGGAAGGCCACGUCAACUCCAGCGAUCUCCUGGACAACUUUGCGGACCAGGACGCCAGCUUCGUUAGCCAUGGCCACCAGCCACGUCGGGGCCAACGAAAGAAAGGAGGAGGCGGUGGCAGCCGGCACAAUCGCAACGAGGAGAGCGGCAUCUCGUUGUGGAUCAAUGAGCAGCAGCUCAAAAUGCUUACAGCGCUCUACUUCCCACAGGGCUACUCGGAACGCCUGUACGCUAUUCACAAUAGCCGGGUGACCAACGACCUGAGGGACACCACGCUGUACAACUUCCUGGUAAUCCCCUCGGAGGUGAACUACGUUAACUUCACAUGGAAGUCGGGGCGCCGCAAGUACUUCUAUGACUUUGAUCGCCUGCAGACCAUGGACGAAAGCAUUCUAAAGGCACCGACGCUGUCCAUUCGCAAGAGCGGACGCAUUCCGCAGGAGCAGAAGAAUUUUAGCAUAUUCCUGCCCUGCACCGGCAACAGCUCCGGCACCGCGUCCUUCAACGUCGGCCUCAAGAUCCAGACGCGCAACAACAAGCCGCUCUCGGGCACACCCAUUCGCCUCAACUUCAAAAAGGAAUGCGCCCACAGAGGUGUGUAUGAUAUAGACGCUUCCAACCCUACUUCACUAACAACUUUGCAAGCUCCCGAUCCAGAAUGCAGCUUGAAGUGCGGCAAGAACGGCUACUGCAACGAUCACCACAUCUGCAAGUGCAACGUGGGCUACACGGGCCAAUACUGCGAGACGGCCUUCUGUUUUCCGCAGUGCCUCAACGGCGGUAACUGCACUGCUCCGUCCGUCUGCACCUGUCCGGAGGGCUACCAAGGCACGCAGUGCGAGGGUGGUAUUUGCAAAGACAAGUGCUUGAAUGGCGGCAAGUGCAUACAGAAGGACAAGUGCCAGUGCUCCAAGGGUUACUACGGCCUACAUUGCGAGUACUCCAAGUGCGUGAUCCCCUGCAAGAACGACGGCCGGUGCAUCGGGAACAACCUGUGCCGCUGUCCCAACGGACUACGAGGCGAUCACUGCGAGAUCGGGCGCAAGCAGCGCUCCAUCUGCAAGUGUCGCAACGGCACCUGCGUCUCCCACAAGCACUGCAAGUGCCAUCCGGGAUUCUAUGGGCGCCACUGCAACGGUCGCAAGCGACAUAUCCACCGAAACAAUGACUCCAAGUUCUAGGGCUUUCGGCGCAC